CUCCCUAUUUAUAAGAACAUUGGUAAAUGUGCUCUUAAUUAGGUCACUCCGACCUAAUCCUAAUGGGCCGCGCCGCAUUGCGACUUUCUCGGGAUUUGGACCCUGAAGACCGUCUUUUCUCCUUAACUCUGAGAGCGCCACAUGUCAAAUAGGGAUAGGUCUAUUUUGGCCUUAUCUUGGGCUGACUCGUGUCGUCUACUGGCUGGACCACGUGGCAUGGGUAAUUUUUACUCAAAACAGGGUCAAAUAGUGUAAUAACAACUCCAAAAGCAGCCUAGUUGGCAACUUGGUGUAGUUCCCCUUGACAAACAACCACCACCAAAAAAAAAAAAAAAAAAAAAGAGUAGCUUAUGACGGAUGUUUAUUGGGCAAAGACCAACACAUACAUAGUGAAAUUUGACAUAACACCAUUUUGCUAAAGUCUAUUCUCAAUAAUCAUACUACUCCCUCCAUCUCCGAAUGAUAGUCACUUUUGAAUGAAAAUCACGGGAAUUAAGGAGAAAUAAAUAAAGUACAUGGGAACUAAAAUUCAAUCAUGUGCAAAACAAAAAGAAGAGAGAAACUGAUUGUCAUUAAAAAGGGAGACAACUCAUUCAAUUAAGACACAAGUACAAAGGCAAAUAUGAGGGUGUUUUGGGAAGCACAGAUAAUACAUCCAAAAAAAAUGAGGGUACAUAGGUCAUUUUGUGUUAUUGUAUGGGACCUAAAAUUGUGAAAUGUGACUAACAUUUUGGGUGUCCAAAAAUGGAAAUAGUGACUAUCAUUCGGGGACGGAGGGAGUAUUAAGUACCAAUAAUUAUCAUGUACAAUUUAACAUUUAAAUUUGAACAGCUUGCAAUUGAAAAUGCCAAAAUUUAAGAUCCCAAAAAAUAAUGGAAUCCAUUCUAAUCAUGCACUCUUAAACCUGUGCUUCUGCCGAUCUAUUACUUCAUUUCCUACGCAUUUGCCAUGUGAUUUCUGUCUCGAUUACUGAACCCCUCUUUCACACUAUUUUUAUUCUGAUUCUUUUUCUUUUUUUAUCGAUUCAAUUUCCAUUAAAUUCUUCCCUCCAAACUUCUCAAAUUCUUCUCUCCUGUCUUCAUUUGGAUACUCAUCGUAAGGUGUUGCCUUCCUUGAAAAGGGCUUUAUAAUGGGCUGCACUUCUUCAAUACUUCAUACUGGAGGAAAAAAGAAGAAGAUGAUGAUUGCUGAAGUCGUUGUGUUUGUUCCAACUAUGCAAAUUCCAGUACAAUCUGAGCUUCAUAAAGGGCUUAAAGGGUUGAUUCCUAAGGAUAUGAUUGACCGUCUUGUCGAUUUUCGAAAUCGUGUCAUCUUACUCUCUGAAGACACUGAUGUUUCGGCUAUUCCAGAGAUUAAGCAGGCUCUGGAGGAGUACUUGCCUGUCCUGCUUGGACUCGCUAAAAAAGAUUAUGGUGCAUUAGAUGUAGUGCCAUUCAAAUGGAGAAAUUUGGAUGACAAAAGACAAGAAAUUUGUGUAUCAAAUACAUGGUAUGAAGUAUUAUCCGUGGUUUAUAUGAUGGCGGUUUUGACAUUGGUUGAAGCCAACAUGUUGCUUGUUCCUAAGCAAUACACUGGUUCUACUGAUAGGAUAGUUUCUACAGAUUGCCAGAGGGAUGCGAUUGAUUUGCUUCUAAAGGCAUCAGGGUACUUAGAUUUUUGUGUGAAGAGUAUUCUACCUCAAUUAGGACUGGAAAUCAAGAACAAGUUGCACAAAGACAUGCGUGAAGGUGCAUUAGAGGCUCUUUCCCUACAAGCACUCGGCCAGGGAACAGAAUUGCAGUUGGGGUUGGCUAUUGAUAACCAAAAGGCCACGUUAUCAGUAAAGAGGAGGUUAGCAUGCGAGGAGCAGACCUUCUUCACUCAGGCUCAUUGCUCACUGUCAGGAGAAAAAACCAAUGACAGUGAUGCAGGAAAGCAAUCAUUGUUCAUCAAAUACAAAUUUUUAGAAGCCAAGGCUGCAGCGUACUUCUACCACGGUUUGAUCGUUGAGAAAAGUAAUGAGCCAUUGUCCCAUACGAAUGCACUAAGCAGUUAUGUUGCUGCUGAGGAACUUUUGGUGGAAAGCAGAAAAGCCUGUUUAAGCUUUUGCUUGGCUUCUCCUGUUAACAGAGUUCCUCCACUCUGGGGUGCAAUGAAGCAUUUCCAUCAAAAGAUUCCAGAAACCGCUUCCAAGAAGUCUCAGCUGUACAGUUACAUGUUUGAUCAAGAAAAGGGCCUACAGCCACCACCCGAGCUGCCUGAGUUCCAAUUGUCGUUGAGACCAGAUGAUUAUGAGUUGCCAGAAGUUGACUCUGCUUGGAGUAGGGAAAAGUGGGAGAUCAUAGGGCAACCUCUUAAAGAGCACCUACAAGAACCAGAAGAUGUGAUCGAGGAUGAAAGCUAAUAACGAUUAAGGACUAUCUCUGAUCUUCUGUGUUAAAUCAUAUAUAUUCAGUGUUGCCUGUUCAGGAUAGUUCGUCAUACAAAUAUCUUCAAAGAUUCACUAUACUGCUAUGCAUCACCAAUUAUAGUAUCCGAUAUAAUGCUAAUGGAAGUUACAAGCUAUAUUGCGCUAUUGUGCCUUGACUUGCUUUUUCUUAUGUAGAUAAAAGCGUAGUUGUAUACAGUUGAAAAGUAUUGUAAAAGGUACAUAUGAAGUUCAAUUUAUGUACAUUGCUUCCCUGGACCUGAAAGCAACAUACAUCACAAUCUGAGCAGGAAGCAACUUUAUUCA